GCGCAGAGAGAGAAGGCCAAAGCUGUUGGCUGAUGUCGUGGAGAAGAACUUCACGCCCACGAAGUUGAAAAUGGCAGGUAUGGAGCCAAGGGAGAAAUUGGUGUACGAAGGUAUGGAAAGGGAGCCAAAUGCGAUGGUGGAGACAUUGGAGCAUUUUUGUCCUGUGGAUGAGGCGGUUGUUUUCCUGGGAAAAGGCCAUGCGGCGUUGAUUUGGGAGUUGUUAAAGAGUCACCGUCAUUGCAUUGUUCUGGAAGGGGAGGGUAUGAAGUUCGAGUUUCUCGUUCAAUUCGUCACCAAGAUGGUCAAUAGUGGACUUUACCUCGCCAAAUUUGUUAAGCCGCCUCCUCGACAUGAUGAAAAGCGUGAUCUCGUCUACAAAGUCGGCAAAAACAUCGUCAACAUUUGGGAGUUCCUUUUCAAGACUAAGCCAGAAAAUAGAGGGGAACGUGCAUAUGUCGUCAGAAGGCGAAAAAUGGAAUCACUUCUGAGGGGGUAUCAUAAGGCACCGGCGGAGACGGAAGUUGCAUUUCUAGACCGUUUAGAGAUGAUGUACUUCGACGAACAAAUCGGGGGGUUUACAAUCGCAGCUUAUGCAACUUGUUUUGGGGAAGGCUUCGAUGCUGAGGACUCAGAGGAAGAAAGUGAAGAUGGUACUUUGCAAGCGGCUUUGGUAGAUGAGAGGCAAAAAACUUGUAGCUCGGCUUCGCAGAAGAUGGGUGCGCCGGCCUGCUGGGCACAUCGUCCGGUUCUGGGGGGGCUUCGAUAUCUGGAAGAGUCCUAUGAUCGAGAAACAAGUCCAGCUUUUGGAUAUAAUUGGCGUAUCGAAGAGGAACUUGAAGACAAAGUUGGGGAAAGGAAAGGAGCGAGCGGCGAUGAGAGUGACAAGGGAUCAGGAUCAGGCGGCGGUGCGCUUGGCAAGGGAACAAGAUCAAGUGGUGGUGAACAUGGCAAGGGAUCGGAACCACGGGGCGGUGCCAGUGGUAAGGGUCUGGGACCGAGCGUCGGUGCAAGUGGAAAGCCAACAAGUCAUGGUGAACUGCAAAAACACGAAUGUCAAGGGCGUCAAGCAACAGAGGGAAAGGUAUCAGGACCAAGCGGCGGUGCACAUGACAAGGGAUCGGGUUCGCCUCUGGGAUUAGGACCAAGCAGCGGUGCACAUUGCAGGGGAUCGGGUUCGCCUCUGGGAUUAGGACCAAACGGCAGUGCACAUGGCAGGGAAUCGAGAGGCGAUGUAAGUGGCCAGGAUUUGGGAGGAAGCGGCGAUGCAAGCGUCAAGGGAGUAAGUCAUGGAGAACUGCCGAAAUGUGUCGAGGACGUCCUUCCGGAUGACCAAGUUUGGGCGACCACUGUGUUGGCGAGCGAGAGUGUUACUGCGCAAGUGGAUAAUACUGGUGCACUUGCAGAAUUAGAGAUGCCAUUGGAUAUGCCAGCUGAGAAAGAUGAACAUGAAGUCUCUCUGGACAUGAAGAAUGAAAGCGCGACUGCAGGUGCAAACGAAACUGCCAAUGUACAGGCCAUCGAAGAGGAUGAAGGACAUAUAGUACUAAGUACACGGGAGCAACAUAUGCUUGUACAACCUGAACUUAUGGUUGCAAAAUCAGAAGCACAACAGUCUGCUAACCUCGUGAUAUCUAUCGACGAAUCUUCUUUUACACCAUCGCAUGGUGCGAUAGAAGAUCGUGUUGAAGACAAAGUGUUAGUGAGCCACCGAGUGCAUGACCCUUCGUUCCAUAUUCCUUUAGCAACAAAACGCCUCACCGUAGAAGAAAAGGAGUAUCUUGACAUGAUUUCAGGCAGCAGCGAAGACAAUGAAGCAUACUGCAUUGUCGAUUACAAGGGGAGCUGGAAGGUGGGAAAGGAAAACAUUAUGGUCGUCGUCGAGGAUGGGAAAUGACUAAAUGACGAAGUCGUCAAUUUGUACCUGCUAGCCGUCCAAAUCACCAAUGAUCACAUCAAGGUUGAUUCGGCAUGUACAGAAGUG